AUGGAAUUUAGAAAAUGUUUCAAGCAAGUUUUUAAUUUUAUUUUUAACAGGUUACUGGAAUAUUUCCUUAUAGUUUCGGUGAUAUUAUUCACGCCCAAUUUACCGCCUCAUACACUAUUUUCGAAAUCGAUAAGUUUGCCUCCGACUAAGCCGUUAACUGGAACCCUCGCGCUAAAUUCUCGAUUAAAUAAUGUCGAAAUUUUAUACAAAAAUCAAUUGCAGGGCCCCGAGACGUUCGCAACGUACAACAAUGAUUUGUACGCGGGUGUCAGUGGGGGCGAUAUCGUCAUGUUAACCGGCAAGCAUAUAAUGCACGUUGCUCAGACCGGUAAACCAUGUAAAGCACAUUACGAGGAGCACAUUUGCGGGAGACCGUUAGGAAUGAAGUUCCGAAAACACGGCUAUUUAUACGUAGCUGAUGCAUAUUUCGGCAUUUUAAGAAUACUAGUCGAUGAUGGUGAAAAGCAGGUAAUAGUUUCCCCUGACCAAAUAAUAAAAGGUAAAAAGACCAAAUGGUUCAGCGGAGUAAGUCUAGCAUCAAAUGGAGAUAUUUAUUGGACCGCUUCUUCUACAGAAUUCACCUUAAAUAAUGGUCUGUUUGAAUUAUUAUCAGAUCCAUCGGGUCGUUUAGUACAUUAUAAUGCAGCGACUAAAAUCAACACGGUACUUAUAGAUAACAUCAGUGCUGCUAGUGGAGUAGCUCUAUCCGAUGACGAAGAGUUUGUUGUAGUAUCAGAACCGAUUACGAGCCGAAUAUACAGAUAUUAUUUAAAGGGGCCUAAAAAUGGAACUUAUGAUAUUUUCUUAGAAGGUUUACCCGGCUAUCCGGAUAACAUUAACUCCGAUAACCACGGUGGUUUUCUGGUACCCCUUUCUUAUCCGAUUAAUUCUAAUCAGAUCAAUGUUGCGAAAUAUCUACUGAGAUUUCCUUGGGGUAGAAAAAUUAUCGCUAGAUUUCUUAGUAUCACUCAGUGGACAUUUGAAACAUUAGAUAAAUAUCUCCCGAAUGAAAUAAGCAAAUUUGUUAUUUUCACAGUCGGCAGAAUUGAUCCAAUAACUUCUCUAAUGGAUUCAUCCAGAACUUCCGUUCUACAUGUUUCAAAGCAUGGAAAAAUAUUGGACAGUGUCCAUAACACAAAUGGGAAAAUCAAAGGAAUUACUGAAGCAUUUAUCUUCAAGAAGCAUUUGUAUCUUGGAUUUGCUCAGGAAAAUUAUGUUGCGAAAAUCGCAUUGUCAAAACUAGGAUGGGAUAAUCUUGCUUAA